AAAUUGGUCUCCUCCUCUUGACUCGUACCCUCCUCCUUCCUCCCGUUUUCCUUCCGCUUCCACCAAAAACCCACUGUUCAACACACAACUCCACCAGGAAGCUGUAGAAAUUUCAACCAUGUCGGACGAGGAGCACCACUUCGAAUCCAAGGCCGACGCCGGAGCCUCCAAGACCUACCCUCAACAGGCCGGAACCAUCCGCAAGAACGGCCACAUCGUCAUCAAGAACCGUCCCUGCAAGGUGGUUGAGGUUUCAACUUCUAAGACAGGCAAGCAUGGACAUGCAAAGUGUCACUUUGUGGGCAUUGACAUCUUCACUGGCAAGAAGCUCGAGGAUAUUGUUCCAUCAUCCCACAAUUGUGAUGUUCCUCAUGUGAAUCGUACUGAUUAUCAGCUGAUUGACAUUUCUGAAGAUGGAUUUGUGAGUCUGUUAACUGACAAUGGUAACACUAAGGAUGAUUUGAGGCUUCCCACUGAUGACAACCUGCUCACUCAGAUUAAAGAUGGAUUUGCUGAAGGGAAGGACCUUGUUGUGUCGGUGAUGUCUGCCAUGGGAGAGGAACAAAUUUGUGCCCUGAAGGACAUCGGCCCGAAGAAUUAGCUUCUACACAAGCUAGCUGCUAAGUUGUGGUCGGUCCCCGGGUUCCUCUGAUUGAAUCUUUAAAUGGUAUAAUUAAUUAGCAGAGACUUUGUAUCUGUUAACGUUUCACUCUCCCGUCCCUUUCCCUCCCCUCCCCUCUCACCUUCUGGCCCAGGAUUGUAUGGUUGGUUGGUUCAUCAUUACUGUGUUUUUAUGCUGUGUUAUUUUAUGAUAUUGGUGUAAUGUUAUUGGGUUUUUGGAUGCUUACUUUGAUAAUCGAAGUGAAUAAUUUUUGCUAA